GCACCUCUCUCCUUCCAGAGAAUGCGAUCCCAGUUCUGCCAACGACAAAAGAUACCCCCAAAGUCAUUUUCACCCAAAUCAACCCGUCACCACCACGGACUGGGCUUAAUCUUCCAACCAUCACACAGCCCACUUCAGACCAGUCAAAUACCAAACAAAACCCAACUCAAUCGACCCGCGCAACCAAAAAAAAACAAAAAAACAUCACAAUGUCCGACGCCGCCACCACCACCCCCGCGGCCACCAAGCCCACCAACAAACUCCCCGUCACAGUCGACAAACCAACCCCCUACACCUUCGACCUCGGUCUCCUGCUCGCCUCCGACCCCAACCCCCUCAACCUCUCGUCAUCCUCCCCUCUCGAACCUCAACUCGCCUCCAUCGCCCGCGACGGCUGCCAAUCGCUAAUCAACCAACUCCUCUCGGCCUGCCCCAUCUCAUCCACCCCCGCCGGCGUUCUCCUCAGCCUCCCCCCUCCUCAAACCCCCCUGCCGCGCGAGAAGCCCGUGCCGACACCGAAGGCCGAAACCAAAUGGAGUCAGUUCGCCAAGCGUAGAGGCAUCAAGCCCAAGACGCGCGAGCAGCGUCGGAAUCUGCAGUAUGACGAAGCCACGGGCGAGUGGGGACGCAAGUGGGGAUACAAGGGCGCGAACAAGGCCGGUGAGGAUGCGCCGAUUAUUGAGGUCAAGAAGGCCGCGGAGGAGAAGAGGAUGGAGAAGGGACAGAGUGUGCGGGGCGAUAAGAGACGGGAGAUUCGGGAGCGGGUGAAGAGGAAUGAGAGGAAGAUGAGAGCUAAUUCUAGGAAGGAGGAUGGGAGGAAGAAGUAAGCUGUUAGGUUCACCAUGUUUGAUGAUCGGCGUUUACGGUUCCUGAGAGAUGGAGAGAUGGAGAUGGAGAUGGGGGAAAGGAAGACAUGUGGAAGUGUGGAAGGAAGGGUCGAGCAUGGAAAGAGGCAAAGAAGGUGAUUGAAGUGAGGUGCUGGCUCGUGUAUCAGCAAGGAAGGACUCGGGAGAGGCAAGACAAGAAGACAAGAGACAAAGAAGGAAGCUUCGUUGCUACUUUACCUUACCUACUAGGCAUUUCGGCGUUCAAGGUUAUAUACUUACUGUACUACUGGGAGGAUUCUACAUACUACAAAGUUAUUUUCGAUCAUCGUGGUUCUUACCACCGACGGACCACAAUGAGAUCAACUGGCGUUAAUGGCUGUAUCAAAAGAAGCAUAUCAGAGAGAUGAAAAUGAAAGUCCGUGGACCUCCCGGUUGAUCUGCUUGCUUGCU